AUGAAGCAGGUGCUCUCGGUGUCGAAACGACCAGUCACACUGAAGCAAGUGACCAGUCGCAUAUAUCUGAAAAUAAUGACAGUGAUUCUUGUAUGGAUGAGUUUGAUGCAAUACCCCCCCUCUGCCCUGCCAGUGCCCCAAUCUACUCAUUAUAGUGAAUCAAGUGAGUUACCCCCACGAACCACUCGUGGGAAACCUAAAGUACAAUAUUCUCCUGAUAUACAUGCCAAUGUAUGUGUGCCAACUAAGCUGCAGGAUGCUUUAUCUAACCCCAAAUGGAUGGAUGCCAUGAAUGUUGAAAUGGAUGCCUUGAACAAGAAUAAAACAUGGGAUUUAGUUCCUUUGCCACAAGGGAAGAAAGCUGUUGGAUGCAUAUGGGUGUUUACAUUGAAGCAUAAAGCUGAUGGUUCCAUUGACCGUUACAAGGCUAGAUUGGUAGCAAAGGGUUAUACUCAGACCUAUGGAGUGGAUUAUUUGGAGACUUUUGCUCCAGUGGCAAAGCUCAAUACUUUGCGUGUACUAUUGUCCUUGGCUACUAACCAUGAUUGGCCCUUAUCACAGUUCGAUGUCAAAAAUGCGUUUCUACAUGGUGACCUCAAAGAGGAGAUUUACAUGGAUCUCCCUACUGGUAUUUCUGUAACCUUUCAGGAAGGUGUUGUGUGUAAGCUGCGGAAGUCUUUAUAUGGAUUGAAGCAGUCUCCAAUAGCGUGGUUUGGGAGAUUUGCAACAUCUAUGAAGAAAUUUGGGUAUGUGAAGAGUAACUCAGACCAUACUUUGUUUCUAAAGCGACAUAAAGGUAAAUUGAUAGCUUUAAUUAUUUAUGUUGAUGAUAUGAUUGUGACUGGAGAUGAUCAAGCAGAAAUGCAAAAUCUUCAGAAGUAUCUGGCUUCCGCGUUUGAAAUGAAGUCAUUGGGUGAUUUGAAGUACUUUCUUGGGAUUGAAGUUGCUAGAUCUAAACAUGAUUGUAAACCAAUUGAUACUCCUAGUGAACAGAAUCAUAAGUUGGGGUUGUAUCCUGAUCAAGUCCCUACAGAUAAAGAGCGUUAUCAACGACUUGUGGGGAAAUUGAUUUAUUUAUCUCAUACACGUCCUGAUAUUGCAUAUGUGGUAAAUGUAGUGAGUCAGUUUAUGCAUUCUCCUAGUGAAGAUCAUAUGGGUCCUGUGAUGUGCAUUUUGAGGUAUUUGAAAGUAACUCCUAGAAAGAGGUUAAUGUUUUGCAAGUAUGGUCAUACAGAUGUGGAAGGGUAUACGGAUGCUGAUUGGGCUGGUUCGGUCACUGAUAGACGUUCUACAUCUAGGUAUUUCACAUUUGUUGGUGGUAAUCUUGUUACUUGGAGGAGUAAAAAGCAAAAAGUGGUGUCUAGGUCUAGUGCCGAGGCCAAGGACCGUGGAAUGGCUCAAGGUGUGUGUGAGUUACUAUGGUUGAGAAGAUUGUUGAGAGAUCUUGGGUUUGGACCUCGAAAACCCAUGGAUUUGUAUUGUGAUAAUAAAGCUGCAAUUGCAAUUGUGCAUAACCCUGUGCAACAUGAUCGUACAAAAGCACGUGGAGGUUGA